AUGAGCCGUAAAUUUCUAAUCAGUUUAGUUCGCCAUGGAGAGACUAUGGAAAACAGACAGAAGAUCAUGCAGGGCCAACUAGACACAAAACUCUCUGAUGUUGGAGUCAAGCAAGCACAGCUUUUAGCCAACCGGCUUAAGAAUGACCGAUUCACCCACGUUUACUCCAGUGACCUGGCAAGAGCUGCCGACACAGCCUGGGCCAUUGUUGAAACCAAUAAAUCAUUUUCAGCACAUCUUACUCUUGACAGGCGAUUACGAGAGAGGGGUUUUGGUAACCUGGAGGGGAAGCUACUCCCAGAAUACAAAAAGGCUGCAGAGAAAGCUAAUGUGCCAAUGCAGGAUUACACCCCAGAGGGAGGAGAAACUAUUGAACAAGUUACAGCGAGAGCAAAAGACUUCUUCGAAGAACUAUGCAAGCUAAUGGCAGAGCCACUGCUGGACCUCAAGAGCACUUCCCCUUUGGGACUGGGUAAGUCGAUAAGCCACCAUGGAUCCAGCAGCAGCUGCCAACACAGUGACACACAGGUCACCAGUGUUACUCAGGCUGUCAGUGCACCUCAGUUGUCCAGUGUACAUCGGGGCACCUAUUUAACCCACAUCUUGAUGCAGGAAGAACAGAAGAGAGAAGCCCAGCCAUCCCAACAGCCACUGUCUAUAGACAUACCCGUCUGCUACAAGUCACCCCCAUCAGAAGUUAUUGUAGCUAAUGGUAUCCAUGAGAGUGUGGCUGGCCCGGUUAAGGAAUCAACUCCAGGAGUCUGCAGUACAGGCUUAGAUAUUUCCAAGCCACAGAGUUCCUACAGUGUGCAUGAUCCCAGCGUGCUAAUCGUCAGUCAUGGCCUGUUGCUUCGGGAGCUCAAACGACUCAUUCUGAAAAGUUACAGCGGACAGCUGGAAGGGAACCUUGCCAAGGAGGCCAGGCUUAUUUGUCCCAACACUGGCUUGUCUCAGUUUGGUAUGUCUGUGUCUGUGCAAGGCAACAGUGUGGUAACGAAAUGUGAGCAUGUCUAUGUUAUUAAUGACACGCAGCAUCUGGUGUCUUCUUCUGAGGAUCUGCUUACCAAGUUUCAGGGAGCUUUGUGA